UAUGCUUCAGCACAAUGCGUUGACCAUCACGAGACCCGUUUCUUUUCCCGACAACCUCGGCGAGGAUCGGAAUUCAGUUCUUGUUCGCUUUUACUCUAGCAGCGACCGCGACGCCGUUACCGUCGGCCGGAGGAGGCGGAGGAGAUGACGCAGCUCACCGUAAUCUCUCCCCUCGGCCGCUCACUCUCUCUCCCUCAUCCCAAACGGCGCCGCCUGGCCGCCGCCGCCGCCGCCGCCUCGUGCUCGGGCUCGUCCGGCCUCGCCGAGGUCAGGGUCUGCACCAACCGCACCUGCCGCAAGCAGGGCUCGUUCCAGACCCUGGAGGCCCUCUCCGCCCUCGCCCCGCCCGGCGUCGCCGUCAGGGCCUGCGGCUGCUUGGGCCGGUGCGGCUCCGGUCCCAACCUCGCCCUCCUGCCCGAGGGCGUCAUCGUCAGCCACUGCGGCACCGCCGCCCGCGCCGCCCGGGUCUUCUGCGACGCCGAAGACGACGUGCUGAGAAGCCUGGAGGCGCUCGCGCUGAGGAAGAGAGCCGAGAGCGAGCUGGAGAGGGGGAAUUUCUCCGAUGCCGAGGUCCUGCUAACUCGGGCUAUAGCAAUAAGGCCAUAUGGUGGGAUUCAUGUGAUGUACAAAGACAGAUCUGUUGCGAGGUUGGGAAUGGGCAACUAUAGUGGGUCUCUUGAAGAUGCAAAAAAAGCGUCGACAUUAGCUCCUCAGUACACCGAGGCUUAUUUAUGUCAGGGCGAUGCGCUCAUGGCAAUGGAACAGUUUGAUGAAGCUGAGAAGUUCUAUUCCACAACCUUACGGAUAGAUCCCUCCAUUCGUCGUUCCAGAUCAUUCAAGGAUCGAGUUGAAAGGCUGCAACAGAAAUUAGCUGCUGCAGAUAUCUCUUGAAGAUUGGCUCUGGAGUUGUAAGUACCAAGUUAAUGUGAAGUAACCAAAAUAAUAUGUUUCGUUACAGUCCUCAUUGAUGUGCAGGAUUGGGCACGCGUUGGUAUGAUUGGGUACAUACACAAUUGAUAUAGGUUAUACACUUAAAAUGAGU